AAAUUCACCGGUUGCUCGUCACUCAUUGAAAAACCUAGCAAAAUAAAGAAGAGAAUCGUGUAGAGCACUAGAGCAAAGUAAAUCAAUAGCAGAAAAACGAUGGGAGUGAUGAAGGAAACUCUUAGAGCUGGAACCGGUCCCAAACCGGUAAUCGGUCAGAAAGUGACCGUUCACUGCACUGGUUAUGGAAAAGAUAGGGACCUGUCUCAGAAGUUUUGGAGCACAAAGGAUCCGGGACAACAACCAUUUUCAUUUAAUGUUGGCAAGGGAAAUGUGAUUAAAGGAUGGGAUGAAGGUGUGCUGGGAAUGCAAGUCGGUGAAGUUGCUCUUUUAACAUGCAGUGCAGACUAUGCUUACGGCGCCGGUGGGUUUCCAGCGUGGGGAAUACAACCAAACUCCACCUUGGUGUUUGAGAUCGAAGUGCUAAGCGUUCAGUAAUUAGCUGCUUACAUUUUCGUAAAAGCCUAUUCACAAAACUAUGAAUAAAAAUGUAGAACUACCUGUGGUUGUCUGAUUGAUUGUCUACCAGACUUGACAUGUAUCACUUGUCAUGCCUGAUUAUCUUUAUGUGCAUCAAGCUCUUAUAAUCUCA